CCACCUCGCGCGCGCUGGCGGCGGCGGCGGCGGCGGAACUUCCGGAGCCGUCUGGUGAGCUCGAGAACUGACUGAAUCCUCUUCAGUUGGAAGCCGGGUAGAAAGAUACAAGAGGAAAGAGGCGUGAGCUGUUGAAACCUCUAUUGGUGUAUGUGCGGUAACAACAUGUCUGUCCCCCUCCUCGCCGAUGCCGUGACCAUUUCAGGGGCAGAGCGGGAGACUGCAGCGGUCAUUUUUUUACAUGGGCUUGGAGACACAGGGCACAGCUGGGCUGAGGCCCUGUCCUCCAUCCGGCUUCCUUAUGUGAAAUACAUCUGCCCUCAUGCGCCUAGGAUCCCUGUCACCCUCAACAUGAAGAUGGUCAUGCCAUCCUGGUUUGAUUUGAUGGGCCUGAGUCCUGAUGCACCUGAGGAUGAAACUGGAAUUAAAAAAGCUGCUGAGAACCUUAAAGCGGUGAUCGAACAUGAGAUAAAGAAUGGGAUCCCAGCCAACCGUAUCAUCCUGGGAGGCUUUUCACAGGGUGGUGCGCUGUCCCUCUACACGGCGCUCACGUGCCCACACCAACUGGCUGGCAUUGUGGCCCUCAGCUGCUGGCUCCCCCUGCACAAGACCUUUCCUCAGGCAGCAAAUAACAGCAUGAACAAAGACAUCCCCAUCCUACAGUGCCAUGGGGAGAUGGACCCCAUGAUCCCAGUCCGCUUUGGAGCCCUCACUGCCGAGAAACUGAAGGGCAUUGUGACUCCAAGCAGGGUCCAGUUCAGAACCUACCCAGGAAUGAUGCACAGCUCCUGCCCUCAGGAGAUGAUGGCUGUGAAAGAAUUCAUUGAGAAGCUGCUGCCCAGGAUUUAAACAAAGCUACUCGAGACUGUUGCAGGGAGAGGAGAUGGAGGUCACCACCUGUGAUCUUUAACCUUGACCUGCCCAGCUGCAAAUGGGGAGCCACAGCAAUCCACCUCCACUUCAGCCGGUUUCCUUUCUCUGGCCUUUCCUUUCCUCCUGCACCGCCCCCCUCCUGUGCAUAGGGAGGGUUGCCCCUCUCUCUCCUGUACAUGGAGUGAAGGUACGGAGCGGUUUUAAGGUACAGCUGAGAACUUCAUGUGGCUGCCUCCUUGCAAAUUUAGUAUUUUUGGUCACCUGAUUUCCGCCUUUUUUGCUAUCUCUCCCCCCUUCCCCAACCCCACACAAAUGCUUGCUGUGGCAAUGAACUGGGUGGUAGCCAAAGGCUUAAAACAAAGGUAUUACGAGA